GAGCACUUGAGGGUAACUACUAACUGCCAUGAGAACCGUUAAGCUCCAAAAGUUUCCGUUUGCUUAAAUUACGCUGACCAGCAAUGGAGAGAGGAAUCAGAUCAAGUUCAAGGGAGCACAGAAUGGCUCUUGACGGCCAUCAGAGCAUGUUUGCAAAUUCACUCUUUCCCUCAUACCAGCAUCAGGCUAGUGCACAUACAGGUGGUGGGAGCAAUGGUAGCAUGGCAUUGCCCUCGGUUGCUGUCCCCAGUGUCUCAAUACAGGAACAGGACACAGCAGCCUACGUACCCUGGUCUAACAAUGCUCAUGAUGAUCCCUAUGGCCUUAUCAGCUAUGCAAAGAGCAGCAUUGAAAGCAGGAAACCCACUGAUAAUACUGACUGUGACGGGGAGACUGAUCUACAGGGUCUGGUGUCGAAUAUUUUGGAUGAAGCUGAUUCACGGGACAGCUACUACAGUGAAGGGGGCCUACCUACAUGUAAUCCGAUCUGGUCUCCAAAGACAUUGAAAGAAGAACUGCCACAGUAUUUUCAGUCAGAGGCGAAAAUGCAACAUAAUCUUACCUUUCCUCCAAACUAUGAAACCUGUGAGGCUUUUAAUAAUGCACACAGACAGUCCAAGGACAAAGAUGUUGAGGAGUUUUAUCAACAGUCCAGGGGCCUUUCUGCCAAUCAACAAUGGCUUUUUAAUUUGCCUAAUGGUGACCAAGACAGCUACACCCUCGGUCCUCAGAAACUGCCACCAGGUCUACCAAUACCCAAGACGGGAAAUGCUUACUUGUCACAGAUACAACAAAGCAAAUUUGACAACAUGCCACCUGAGAAAGACAGAGGGAAUAUUCAGCAUAUGAAUAGUUUCCCUGACUUCAGUAAUGUAUUUAGAUCUCAAAAUGAAAUGAACAGCCCAUGCUUAAAUCCCUAUGAAAACCAGUACACCCAGAGCAGUGCAAAGCCUAUCAGUAACAAGCAGUAUGGGCCACAGGACAUUAACCAACUGGUCAGCAGUUUUCAGUCGUUCAUGGCUGGUGAGCUUGAUAGCUUAUGUCGUGGAGACUUUCCAAACAUUCACAGGCAGACAGUGGGCAUGAACCAUGAAGACAGCAUGGUUGAACAAUGGAAAAUCACCAGUCCUGCAAUGUCAACACAAAGUACUCCUGCGAUGCAGACACAAAAACGGCUGGUGGGAGAUUUUGGGACAGCGCAGAUGGAAAUAAAUGGAGGAGUGAGGAAACAAACAUGUAAACAUGAUGCCUUUCAAGAUCCACCUGGUUUCAGCCCACAGAACACAGAGUACUUCCAGCCGUCCAAGCCAUUCUCUGCAUCUUUAAACCUCCCCAACCAAUACCACAGCAGCAUGGCCAUGCACAAAGAGAAGACUUCACUCCCCAUUAACAUGAGCAUGAACCAGUAUACAGAGCAUCACAUCCAACAGGGCCUUGCACAGAGCAAGCUCAAGCCACAGAUGCAGAGGGAAAAGAAGGGGGUGCAUAUGUCUGGCUUUGUAGAAGGCUUCUUUUCAAGACCCACUACCAACACUAACAUGAGAAGAGGGGAUAAGAAACAGGCUCUCUCACAAAACCCGUACUUUGACCAUCUGGGGAGUGUGCAGUCUCAGAGAUUUUUUGGGGAAAACAGCAUGGCCACUGUAGGGAAUACACAGCAGCUCAUACCUUUCAUGUAUACUGUGAAUGACCCCAGAGGGUACUCCAGCGUGCCCAUCAACUCCUCAGAUUUCAGCUCUAGAUCCACACUGUCCUAUGGAAGUGUUGUUCCUAGCAUAGGUGUGGGUGAUAUGAUGUCAGCCAAAGAGUCUGGAGCUUCUAGCUCCUGUGUCAGUGACAUGAUGACCUGCAGAAGAGAGAGCACUUAUCAUGACAUGGCCUCAGCCAGUGCAGAUUCAAUGGUGAUGAAUCAAGGAGGAAUUGUGAUCCAGCUUUACUUCUACCUGGAUGAGUGUUUCGAGCAGUGGAGGACUUUGAAGAGUGAGAGGAAGAGGAUAGAGGACAUCCUUACCAAGACAUUUUCUGGAAGAAGGACUACAGCAGUGGCCAACACUAACAUACCCAAAACUCCACCUAAUCCCACAAGAGUCGACCACCUCAUUGUUAAUCAGAGGAGAGAACAAGCAAGGGUGGCAGGCCUCCUGGAUAGAAUGGAGCGUCUGUGCAACACUCCCCUCCAUAUGAAUAUUCACACAGCACUGAGCAGGCAUCAUAUGGCUCUUUGCAUCACCCAGGCAAGACGCAAGGAGGAGAUUGCCAGCAUGUCCAGACACCAGCGGCAGAGAGCUCAUUUCACAGAGGACAGAGACACCCUGCUGUUGGUCAUUGCACUGAAGGAUCUCGCGGCCACUACCAGGAAGCUCUGCACAGCCCUGUGGUGUGCUCUCCAGAUGACACUUCCGAAACCUGUCAAGAAGCAGGACCACCAUGUUACCAGGGAGGCUACACACACACAGAGGGGCUCCUCUCCAUUUGAGGGAUAUUCUUUUAAGAUAUGA